UAACAUAACUGAAUGCUUUAUUGCAGCACAUGGUAUGAAAAAUAAGCGAAAAAGUAAGUGAAUAAUUUUUAAAUAUUCGCAACAAUGUAGCAGUCCAUUUUCUCCGAAAAUCUCAAAAUAAAAAAAUGAAUUGCGUCUGCGUAUGCGCAUAGUUUUCGUUUCGUUUUGAAAAGUGAGGUUAUGUUUAAAACGCAAUUUGCAAACAGAAGGCAGAAGCAAAGAUAAUAUCUUUGGCAGAAGGCAACGAAGGAUUGUGAACGUUGUGAAAAGCAGGGAACAGUAAAAUUUUCGCCCCUUUUUUGGAAUCAUCGAGCCAGUCAGUAAAUAAAUCAAUUGUAAGUUUACUAGAAUAUAGAAAAUGGAUGACGAAGCGGAAACAUAUAAAUUGUGGCGAAUCCGGAAAACGGUGAUGCAGCUUUGCCACGAUAGAGGUUAUCUUGUCACGCAAGAUGAAUUGGAUCAAACUCUGGAACAAUUUAAAGAACAAUUCGGAGAUAAACCGAGUGAAAAAAGACCAGCUCGAAGUGAUUUGAUCGUCCUUGUCGCUCAUAACGAUGAUCCGACAGAUCAGCUGUUUGUAUUUUUCCCCGAUGAACCAAAAAUUGGAAUCAAGACAAUCAAAACGUACUGCCAACGUAUGCAGGAAGAAAAGAUUCACAGAGCAAUAAUUGUCGUUCAGCAAGGAAUGACUCCUUCGGCAAAGCAAUCUUUGGUUGAUAUGGCUCCCAAAUAUAUCCUGGAACAAUUUCUCGAAUCCGAACUUCUGAUUAAUAUUACCGAACAUGAACUGGUACCAGAACACAUCGUUCUAACUCCCGAAGAAAAAGAGGAACUCUUGACCAGAUACAAACUGAAGGAAAACCAUCUGAUGCGAAUUCAAGCAAACGAUCCCGUUGCCAGAUAUUUCGGUCUUAAAAGAGGCCAAGCUGUAAAAAUUAUUCGACCAUCAGAAACUGCCGGGCGCUACAUUUCUUACAGACUCGUCUGCUAACACCUCUUCACCUCGAGAACUAUUCCUCGUUUUAAUUUACUUAGAAUUCUGUUCUGUAAGAUAAACAAUAAUAUUUAAGGACCAAUAAAAAUGAAUUUGCAACUCGGAA